GUUUUGUUCAGCGCUAGCGUUACGUGCCGCUACCUGUAACAUAAAACUAAGCUGUAUGUACCAAAUUAUAUCCUUUGCCUUCGAAUAAGUAUGGAAAAAAAAUAUAUAAUUUUCUUGCAGCUGUCUUGUCUGUUUUUAAGGUUAUUUAAUAGUUUAAAAUAGCCGCAUUUAUUAGAAAGCAAAAUAUUUAUUUAUCAUUUAACGCAGAACGGGUCCCUUAAAUAAUUUUCAUUUUUUUACUGUAGAAGAUGUGCAUGAAGAAUUUACAGAAGACUUCUUUCUAUUUUGUGUGAUCAUUUAUCAAUUUAUCAAUUAUAUUUGUCAUUAAAAUGACCUCUGAUUACGAAAAAGGCAUAAGCGAAUUGAAGAAAAGAAUUAAAAGUUUCCCGAACUUUCCUAAACAAGGAAUCUUAUUUUGGGAUAUAUUUUCUGCUAUAUCAGAUGGUAGUACUUGUAGAUUACUGCAAAGUCUGUUGGUGCAGGCUGUGAAGGAGAGAUAUCCUGAAGUAGAAGCUAUCGUCGGUCUGGAAUCCAGAGGUUUUCUGUUCUCUUUCUCACUAGCCGCAGAACUCGGUUUGGGAUGUAUUCCAGUGCGCAAGAAGGGGAAGUUGCCCGGCGAAGUAGUAGCAUACAAAUACGACUUGGAAUAUGGUUCUGAUGUAUUAGAAAUACAGAAGACUGUUCACCCUGGUCUCAAGUGCCUUAUUGUGGACGAUUUAAUAGCAACAGGUGGGUCCAUCAAUGCUGCAGUACAGCUUCUAAAGACAUGUGGUGCAGAAGUCAUUGGAUGUUUGACUGUGAUCGAACUUGAAUCUCUAAAGGGGCGCAGUAACAUUCCCGAAGAUAUUAACAUAUAUUCCCUCAUUACAUAUGACUAGCUGCACUAUACUUUAUAAAGUACAAAUCAAUUAUAAUUAAUGAAACUGAUAUUUCUAGAUUGGUUUUUCAUAUAUGAAGUCUUCAUAAGAUAAUUUUGAAAAAGCAAUAUUUGUAAUCGUUAUAAAUAAAAGUUUGUCAAAUGCUACUAGACACAAUUCUAACAAAAAAAAAAAAUUUUUGUUUUGAAAUAUGUUUAUUUCAUGAAUGAAUUUAUUAGAAAUAAUUGUAUGUAAGUUUAAAAAAUAAUUGUCAUCUUCAUUCCAUCAGUUGAAUAUAUUCCAAAAGGCUUUAAACAUGACAGCUCCAAUUUCUGAUACAAGGUAUUAAUAAUUACUAGUAUAUCCUAGGUGUAACGAAAAUGCUAAACUAUAGAAUAGACUGAUUGUAUAUUUUUUUUUGUUUCUUGCCACCCCUUUUAUUUCAUAGUUGUAAAAAUGACAUAUCACAUUAACACUUUUAUUUAACUUUUAAUGGAAAAGUGAAAGAAAAGUUAGACAAUUUACCUUCCAGUUAUUUGGUGAGUGUUAAGUUAACUUCACCAAAAUUCGUCAUUCUAAUUAUAGCUUGAAACAUUUUAACACAUGAUUCCAUCUGUUUCAGUAAUAUUUCUAAAGUCAAAUGAUUAAAAAGUGACCAGAUUGUAAGAAAUAUCUGGUCCCUUUGUAGUUUGGGCGCUGAUACCCGCGACAGUCUUCGAGAUUAAAGCGGGUAUCAAUGAACAAAUAAUAGUUUAAGAAUUAUUUUGUUCAAGUUCAUAAUAAAUAUUUUAUUAUUAUUAUAUAAUAUUAUUAGAUUUAAAUUUUGAUUAAAGAACUUUGAUGCAAGGGGGCCCAAAGGCACUUUUAAGUGCAAGUUGAACAGUGUGCUCAAUCAUUGUCAAAUAAAUAAAUAAAAACCUGUUGUGAAUAAUAUUGUUUUAUGAAAAUCUAAUUUAUGUUCAAGCCAUUCCAAUCCAUAUAUUAUUGUAUUAACGUUUAAUAUUGCAUGUAGUAAGUAUAUGAUAUUGUGAUAUCAAUAUUUCCAUUUUCAGUAGGUAAAAAAUAAAAUAUUGUUUUUAGUAAUAUUUUUUAUUAUUUCAUUUUACUAAUAUAAUCAAGUGGAAAGAUUUGAUUGUUUCUUUGUUUGUUUGUAAGUAUUGAAUAGGCUCGGAAACAACUGAACGAUUUGGAUCGGAGAGAGGGCGCUACGCGCAACAUAAACAGUUAGCUCUGUACUAUUUAUACUUUUAAAAUUAUAUUUCUCUGAAUAUUAAAGAAAGUUUAAGUGCAAAGUAAAUGUAAGCCAGUAAUAAGCCUAUACAAGUGUUUUUAGUGAUUCUGUGAGCUUUAAGUGUCUACAAUAACAAUUAUAAUUUUCUUAGUGCGGCAGAAAAUACCGUCAAAUGAAGCAAAAAAAAUGAAAAAAUAUGAUCUUUAUUUUCGUGCACAUAAAAACAAAUCUGUGUGUACAGAACAAAUUUUGCUUGGAAAUAAAAAUAAAAAUAUCACUAAAAAUUUCAACUUUUGACGACUUGAGAAACUUAAUUACACCGAACGCCAUCUAGUGGUGAAUUGCAGCACCAAGUAACAACAACAAGCUAAACUUAUCAUUGCUUUUCUACUCAAUUGAAUUAAACUUUGGAUUAAGCUUUGCUGUCGAUGAUAAAUGUCAUUUUGCUUUGGGAAAUAAAAUAAAUAGAAACGAAAUUUAUAAUAUACUAAAAGAAAAUAUGAAUGAAGAAUGUCUCCAACAUGCGCGGGUUGCAACAAAAAAAAUACCUAAAAGAGAAUUUCUUACUUGUUCGUACUGCCAAAAGAAAUAUGACCUUGAAUGCGCCAAUGUGUCUAGCCAGCGCUUCUACAAUAUAAUGACACUGGAACACAAACAGAGAUGGAAAUGCCAGGCUUGUUAUUGCAAGAUGCCGAAAAUUGGUAACGAAAAUACACCAGUAAGAUCUAAAGAUUGUAACAUAUAUUGUUACAUACAAUUGUUGAGGAACAAUGUAAAUCACCUGAAGUUAACAAUAUAACCGUCAGAAAAUGUUCGGUUGUUCAAAUAAAUGACAGUUUAUGCAGUGUGAACUCCGAAAAUACAACGUUCCUGGGUGACGACACUGUUAAUAAUAUGCGAAUUACUAAUAGGCCUGAACUUACGCUGCAAAGUGUAAGCGAGGUUCUCAAAAACUCGAAGAAAAUAAUAUAAAUGUUAUAAUAUCGUAGUUACGAAAUAUUAUUUAGGAAGAAGUAAAGCAAGCAAUUGAACUGUUAAAAAAAGAAUCGAAACAACAAAUUAAUAAUUUAAGCGAACAAAAUAGGAACCGAAUCUUAAAAAUACAAGAAAUCAAUACUAAAAAUAGAUUAUCUGCAAAAAGAAAACUGUUUGUUAAAAAAACAAUUGGAAGAAUUGAGAACCAAGACUGUGUUAAGUAAAGAAAAUAAGUAUCCUGAAAAUGAUCCUAAAAAAAUAGUACUUUACGGAUUAGCUAAAUAUUAUAUGGAACCUGAGAACUACUUAUUGGACCGGAUACACGGAUUAUUUUGGGACUUGCUGGGCGUGGAUCUGACUGGAUAUAUUGAAGAUAUAUCCAGAAUAGGUCGCUACAAUAAAAAUGCUAACCGGCCUCUAGUAAUAGAAUUCAUAAGUAGAAGAAUAGUAAAAUAAACAAUUGAAAAUAGUUACUCUUUGAAACGAAGUGGGCUGUCGGUAUCAGAAUUUCUAGAUAAAACUACCCUAUUAAGAAGGAAGGCAAUGCGGGAGGAAAUGUUCCUGGCUCGUCAGAG